UCUUCCGCUUUCCCUUCCACCGCACCUUCCUCUCUUCCCCCUUCUUUAACCUACACGAUCUCCGUCCUUCCUCGUUCCUCCAACCCCAAAUUCCCACCACCUCUUACUAAAAAUGUCGCCGGAUGUCAGCGGCACCAACGGCGGCGACUUCCUCCUCUCCCCAACGGCGCCUCCGUCCACCUUCAACUUCCUCGAGCUAACCCUAAUAUCCGCCCAAGACCUCUUCCCCUCUUCCCGCUCCCUCCACACCUACGCCGUGACUUGGCUCCACCCCUCCCACCGCCUCCGCACCCGUCUCGACUCCAUCGGCCACACUUCCCCCACCUGGAACGACAAAUUCCUCUUCCGCAUCGACGAUUCCACUCUCUGUUCCGACACAUCCGCCAUCCAAAUCAACAUCUACGCUGCCCGCCCUCGUUUCCUUCCCGGCCCCGAUACUCUCCUCGGCACCACCCGCGCCAUUCUCAGUACCCUUCACCUCUCCCCUUCCACCCGAUUCUUCGCCCUCCAAGUCCGCCGCCCAACUUCCCUCCGUCCGCAGGGUAUCCUCAACAUCGGCAUCGGCAUCGCCGAUCCCUACGUUUGUAGCCUCCCGCUCUACGCCAAUCUCCGCACCUCCGCUUUCGCCUACCACGAUCUAAUGGCAGCCGCCAUGUCCGCCAAGCCGAGGAAGAAGGAUGGGUUAAAGGGAUUCGUCGCCGCUCAGCCACGGCUUCCGCAACCUCAGCCUGAGCCUGCGGCUCUGGAUAGAAACGGGUCGGUGGGCGGGUCGGGGGAGAAGGAGCGAGUUGUUUUGGAAAAGAAGCUGAAGAAGUGGAGAUCGGAGAUUUGGGCCGUGGAGGAUCAGAUGGGAUGGGAGAAAGGGGGGCAAUCGCCGGCGGCAACUGAUGAUGAAGGGGGGUCCAGAAGGGCAAAGCCGAGGAGGCCUAGGGCGAUGUCUUGCUUUAAUCUUGCUGCGCAAUAUGCGGGUGAGAAUGAAGAAGAUGAUAACAGUAGCACGAGUAGCUGGAGCAGCAGUAGCCAGCGGUGAUUGAAUGACUUGGUGGUGAAGAGCCUGCUGUGCAAAGCCUAGGUCCCUCGUUCGAAUCCCUUGGCAAGCAGUGAAAGCCUUAAGUGUUGGCUCGUAUAAAUUGGUAUGGGUUGCAUGCUAGGUCGACCGGGAUUUUCACUGGCCUAAAGACAGUGUUUUCUUGUCACAAAAAAAAGUACCAGUACGAGCAAUCACAUGAUUGUGAUACCAUCGACUAGAUUGGUUCAAAUAUUCUUUAAUAUGACUAGUUUUUUAACACAAUGGCACUCUAGGAAGGAAAAUACAUGACAUUAUUAGGAGAAAUUAUUAUGUGUGGCAGAUGUCAUAAAUGUAUGCAUAAAGUUGAUUGUUAUUUAUUUUAUUGUUUAAAAUAUUUAAAAGUUAUUUUGAUUGUAUGAG